AUUUUGCGUGCAUCUUUAGAACCCUGGCGAGUUUUUCCUGUUGGGAAUUUUUAAUUUUAAUUGUUCUAGGCAUAUUUCGUACGCCCAUGUCAUCUUCCCACACUAUACGAAGAAAGGAUAGCAGAGAGAAUUCAAUCACUUGCAUGUCAAACAACAUGCAUAUGUAAAAAGCUUAAAGUUUGAAGUUCGCGUGGGCCAUCCGAGUUCGGCGCGCGAGGUACGCACCCCACGCAAUUUAGUGAGCGAGACGAAGUGGCGGGAAAAAAAAAGGGAAACAAAUAUAAAUUCAGCCCGUGGUCAAUUGGUUCCCUAACCUUUAAAAGACUCUUUUUCCCCCAACUUCAACUCGGCCGAAACUCUAUCCGUACGCCGAAUCCCGAAAAGUCUCUCCGCUUCAUGGACAAGUACUUGCUCCCUCUCAAGCCUUCCUCACCCCAAAACCCUAAACCUCUUCGACGGCUACAAUGGAAUCGAUGCGCCAUCGAAUUGAACGGCCGGUUCGAGCCAAAGUAUCGCCACGAGAUCUCCAGCUUGCUCAAGCAAUCUUACUACGAGAUUGGUGCGUUUCCGCAUUUGUAUCACAUCGACAGCGUGCCCUGUCAAACGCAUAAAAAUAUGAUUGACAAUGGCGCAAGAUUCGCAGGGCAGAUGCCAAUUAGAAAGCAAGGCAUCUCUGCAAUGGAGUUUGACAACAAGGGUAUAUAUCUGGCAUCAGUUUCAAGAUCUGGGUGCCUAGCAGUACAUGAUUUCGAAGCUCUUUAUUGCCAGAGUAAUGAAUCAUUGCCAAGCUCAAAGGAAGAUGAAAGUAAGCAUUUAAUGCACAUUUCUUUAAGCCAACAACUUGAUGUUGUCCGGUGGAAUCGUGCCAACCAAGAUGAGGUUGCUUGCACAUCGGUGAAACGUAAUGAAGUACUUAUUUUUGACAUCGGUUAUGUCUCUUCUGAUCCAGUUGAAGUAUUAAGAACAAGACAUAAUGUCACUGUUCAUGGGUCUGACAUUCAUAAAGGUCUAUCUGAUCUAGCUUUUACUUCAAUGGAUGAUUCAAGGUUACUUGCUUCUGAUACACACGGUGUGAUCAGUGUAUGGGACAGAAGAAUGGGUACUCUUCCAUGUCUUGAACUCACGACUAAUUCCCAUAGUGCCCUUAAUAGUGUUGAAUUAAAUGUGGAAAAUCAGAUCAUUUUUGGGGCUGGUAAGCAUGGGAUAAUUUAUAUGUGGGAUCUUCGAGGAGGAAGAGGAUCUGCAGCUUUUCAAAGUCAUAAUGAGGUAUGUCAUCCACCUCUAACAUCAUUGAAGCUAGCAUCAAUGCUAGAAAAAAUUGAGCCUCUGAAGGCACAGUCACAUAUCAUUUCAAAGGAAAUACACUCCAUUGAUUUUGAUCCAUCUUGCCCAUAUCAACUGGCAUUCCAUCUUGAUGACGGCUGGUCAGGUGUUUUGAAUAUAUACAAUUUCCAAGUUACACAUGUUCAUUGCCCUCCCCCUGCAUGGCUAAAUGAUUCCAGCACUUCAUCAGAUUUGUUGUAUUUGAGGAAACCAUCAUGGCUGCCAACAUUUUCACUUUAUGCGGUUGGAUCAACAUCUGACAAAGGUAUUCAUCUUUUGGAUUUCUAUCCAGACCCAAGUUCUCCCUGCCAUGUAGACCACAAUGAAAAUAUGGAGAGAAUUCCUGGGGUAAACCACCAAAAUAAGCAAAACAGGUUUGUCUCUUUGUCCGAAGGCGUUACUGCAUGUGCUGCCCACCCCCUCAAUGGAACCAUUAUAGUUGGGACAAAGCAAUCAUCUCUGCUCAUGAUUUCCCAGAGGCACCAAUCAUUUUAAGAUGGAGAGAUUAAUUGGCUAAAGCAGUGGACCCAUAUGGCUGGAGAACUUGUACAUCCUCGUUCAAUCAAGCAUGUAAAUAUGUCCAUAAGUUGUGAAACAAACACCGAAGCCAUCAAAUUUGGAACUCCUAAUAUGUAACAUUGGUCCAAUCAAAUGGCCUUUGAAGGCUGUCCAUCAAUCUUUUGUCAAUCAAGCGAUUCGAGCCCUUCAGCUGAAGUUGUUGAUAUUAG